AUGUCGUUAACUGAUUCUUUCCGAGCCGAACUACCAAAUUCCUCUUAUCCUAUCUCAGAAUACAGCGAAUCGGAGCCUGAUCUCGAUGGCAAAUGGGACGACUGGGAAGAAGAGGAAGGAAUCCGUUACGAUCACAAGUGUUUAUUCUGCAAGGAGAUGUUUUCCACCCCCGGAGAUUUGUUUCUUCAUUGCAAGGAACACCACGGAUUCGAUUUCCAAAGAAUUCGGAUGGAGUUGAAACUCGAUUUUUAUCAGUCGAUCCGCUUAAUAAAUUACAUUCGUAAACAUGUUUUGGAAAAUCCCGAAUUAGAGAGUACGACCUCUUAUUCAGUGCCCGAAAUACAGACUGUCCUUAGCGAUGAUACCUAUCUUAAGCCGGUAAUCGACGAAGAUCCAUUGCUGUAUGGGUUUGAAAAUGAUGAAAUCGAGGAGGAUUUUGAUGAGAUGAUGCAUUUCAAGGAUCUAGAAAUUCGAAAUCAAGAAUCAUUGGAUAUUGCAAAUGUUAACACGCCUCUAGAGAAAGAGCUUCUUGAGCGACUGAGGAUAGCAGAAGAAAAACUUUUCAACUGUCAGGUGCAACUCAAGAAAGUAGGGACGCAGUUCGAUGAAUAUCGCCAAAUGGUUAAAGAAUCCUUCUUUGAUGCUUAUUCCGAUACAAAAAGUGAGAAAUCGGUAAGUUACGAAGAGGAGGUUGAUUAUUAUUUCAAUUCUUAUGCAAAGAAUGAUAUCCAUGAGGAAAUGCUGAAAGAUCGAAUUCGAACCGAAAGCUAUCGUGAUUUUAUUUAUGAACACAAGGACCUCUUCAAGGGCAAGGUUGUACUGGACGUUGGGUGUGGAACUUGCAUAUUAUCAAUGUUUGCUGCCAAAGCCGGGGCGUCCAAAGUUUUCUCUGUGGACAAAUCGGACAUUAUCAAACGGGCAAAAGAGAUCGUCAGAGAAAAUCAGCUAGACAAUGUUAUCACUCUCAUAAAUAGUAAGGUCGAAGAUGUCAAACUCCCGGUGAAAAAGGUCGAUAUCAUUAUUUCCGAAUGGAUGGGCUAUUUCCUAUUUUUUGAGGCAAUGUUAGACUCUUUGAUAGUUGCACGCGAUCGAUGGCUUGCACCAGAUGGAAUUCUUGCACCCAGUUACUGUCGUCUUUUGUUUACCGCGAUUGAAGACGAAGAUUUAUUUAAUGACACGUUCAAUUUUUGGAAUGACGUUUACGGAUUUAAGAUGACCGCCAUGAAAAAUCCUGUACAGAAAAGUGCUAUCGUUGAUAGUGUGAAAUCACAGUCAAUUAUCUCCAAUGUGGUUUCCAUAAAGGAAGUGCCGUUACACGCUAUUCGCAAAUAUCAACUGGAUUUUACUUCUCCUUUCACGUUGGAAAUUACACGUGACGGGUAUUUGCACGGAUUCUUAGGGUACUUUGACACUUGGUUUACACGAGAUGGUCAUGAGAUCCCACUAUCCCAGAAGGCGAACGAAAAGGUUCCGGAUGUCAUUAGCUUCACUACAGGUCCUUACGGAGAAGUGACGCAUUGGCGACAGACAAUAUUUUUCCUGGAUCACAUUAUUCCAGUAAAUCAAGGUACAAUUGUCACCGGUUCAUUUGAUUGCCAUAAGAGCGUGGAAAAUCCCCGAGAUCUGGACUUCGAAAUUCGAUAUAAAGUCAUAGGAGUCGGAGAAGAUGUUAAUCAAGUAAAUGAACUUGUGCAAAAGUUUUAUUUGCGUUAA